ACAGGGCGAGAGUUCCGUGUGUCAGGCGUUCGUUGAGGGGGCAGCUCUCCUGGUGCCUGGCGUCAGACAUGGCGGAGGCGAUGGACCCCAACGGGCCCACUCAUUCCUCAACUCUGUUCGUGAGGGAGGACGGUAGCUCCAUGUCCUUCUACGUGCGGCCCAGCCCGGCUAAGCGCCGGCUCUCGACGCUCAUCCUGCACGGCGGCGGCACCCUGUGCCGGGUGCAGGAGCCCGGAGCCGUGCUGCUGGCCCAGCCCGGGGAGGCGUUGGCCGAGGCCUCGGGAGACUUCAUCUCCACGCAAUACAUCCUGGACUGCGUGGAGCGCAAUGAGAAGCUCGAGCUCGAAGCCUAUCGGCUGGGCUCUUCCUCGGCGGCCGACCAGGCCCCAGAGACAAAGCCCGGGGCUCUGGCUGAGCGCGCCGCGCAGCCUGAGCCGCAGCCGAUCCCGGGGCGGAUCGCCUUCACGGACGCGGACGACGUGGCCAUCCUGACCUACGUGAAGGAGAAUGCCCGCUCGCCCAGCUCCGUCACCGGCAACGCCUUGUGGAAAGCAAUGGAGAAAAGCUCGCUCACGCAGCACUCGUGGCAGUCCCUGAAGGACCGCUACCUGAAGCACCUGCGGGGCCAGGAGCAUAAGUACCUGUUGGGGGACGCCCCGGUGAGCCCGUCCUCCCAGAAGCUGAAGCGGAAGGCCGAGCAAGACCCGGAGGCUGCUGAUAGCGGGGAACCACAGAAUAAGAGAACUCCAGAUUUGCCCGAAGAAGAAUAUGUGAAGGAAGAGAUCAAGGAGAAUGAAGAAGCAGUCAAAAAGAUGCUUGUAGAAGCAACCCGGGAGUUUGAGGAGGUUGUGGUGGAUGAAAGCCCUGAUUUUGAAAUACAUAUAACAAUGUGUGAUGAUGAUCCACCCACACCUGAGGAAGACUCAGAAACGCAGCCUGAUGAGGAAGAAGAAGAAGAAGAAAAAGCUUCUCCACCAGAGGUGGGAGCUGCCAUUAAGAUCAUCCGGCAGUUAAUGGAAAAGUUUAACUUGGAUCUAUCAACAGUUACACAGGCCUUCCUAAAAAAUAGUGGUGAGCUGGAGGCUACUUCCUCCUUUUUAGCAUCUGGUCAGAGGGCUGAUGGAUACCCCAUUUGGUCCCGGCAGGAUGACAUAGAUUUGCAAAAAGAUGAUGAGGAUACCAGAAAUGCAUUGGUCAAAAAAUUUGGUGCUCAGAAUGUAGCUCGGAGGAUUGAAUUUCGAAAGAAAUAAUUAGCAAGAUAAUGCGGGAGAAAUAAUUGUGCCAGGUGAGGCGGUAAAAAAAAAAAAAAAAAUUGUGACCAUUGAACUUUAGGGAGUACUUACAUUGGACCUGAGACUUAUCUACUGAUCAGUGUUGCUGUUGCUCUGUGAGUCCUAUAUUUUGUAGCCAAGCAGAGUUGUGUAGGAGGAUAAAAAGAAAAGAAAUUGGAUAUAUUUAGCACUAUCCCUACAAGUAUCAAUGUGUCUAUGAAAGGAAAAUCUAAACCAGAGGGGUUUGUCCACAUAUUUGUGAUCCCUUGUUGGAAUGGAGCCCUUGCUAUAUUGGUGACAGGAGUUAGUGACAGAGUCAAAGGAGGAAAAUUAAGAGGCAUAGGUCUGUUCAGGCAGGAUAAAUAAUCUAUCCUUUGGCAGAAGCUUCUCUAGAUUGUGAUGGAUUCCAAAUCAAGAAUCUAGAAAUAGGAGGUUUAAUUACAAUGCCUUGAGUGUGAAUUAUCUCAAACCUUUGCCCCUUGCCUAGUGAGCUCUGAUUUCUAGACUGCUUUGAAAAUCCCAUAUUCAUUUUGCUAAUGUAAUAUUUGAGGACCCUGCUCCUCCUUGGCUGUUCUUUUCCUUGAGCACUUCUCAGUCAAGUCUCUAGCAUGUGUUUCUUUACCUACCACUCAGUUUUGUUUAAAACACACACAUUACUCUUGAGAAUAAUCUUACUCCAUUAAUGUUAAUGUGUUUUUAUUGAGGAUAGUUUUGUGCUAAGGAUUGUGUUAGAUUUAGUUAGUGGAUUGAUUCCACUUUGUUAUGUUUUCAUUAUUGAAAAUAAAUAUAACUUUGUAUU